AAAACCUAAAACGCAAAUACCGUUGCAGUGGAGCAUGAUGUACAACUUCAACACAACUAUAAGCUACUGGUAGACGUUCAUAUUUAGUUAUUUAGUUAUUGUGUUCAUAUGUUUUAUGUACUUCCUGUUCUCGCGGAAGUGACGAACAUAUGUGCAAACUGGAGCAAAACAUGCACAUGUGAGAGCUGCGUGGUGAGAAACCCACGUUUACUUCGACUAUACUUCACUGUCGAUACGAAGAAAGAACUCGGGCGUGAAGUAUGGAUGAACAGGGACACUAUCCUCCGCCGGACUUCGGCUGUCCCCCGCCGACCUCCAUCCAAACCUACCAGCAGCAGCAGCCGCCGCACUCGAGCGGCUUCCAGCCCAGCAUGUGGAGCUGGAGCGAGACGUCCUCCGAGCCCGUGUGGGACUACAGCGGCCAGGCGGGAUGGCAUCACGGGGCAGCGGCAGAGUUCGGUUUCCCCUCGGGUCGUGGGAACUAUGGACAGAAACGUCCACACGAUCAAAACUAUGGUCGCGAAUGGCAUCGAGGUGGAAGACAGAGUCACGGAGCCCCCCACAACCAUGGGAAAAAGCAGAAAAACAAGAAAGAACCAGAGUAUUCCCAUUUUUGCGACACCUGUGACCGCGGCUUCAAAAACCAGGAGAAGUACGAUGAGCACGUUUCUCAACAUGUCAAGUGUUCUGUGCCGGACUGCACCUUCAUGGCUCAUGAAAAACUAGUCGGCAUCCACUGGAAAAACAACCAUGCACCAGGCGCUAAAAGGAUCAAGCUGGACACACCGGACGAGAUUAUAAAAUGGAGAGCGGAGAGGCGCAAAAACUUUCCGACACUUGAGAAUAUGGACAAGAAGAAGAAAGUGAUGGAGGUGCGGGAGGAGACGGGAGCUGUUCUGGAGACGGCUCAGUUUGGGCGGAUGAGAGGCAGAGGGCGGGGUCGAGGCCGUGGCUGGGGCAACAGAGGGUUCCGUGGGCGUCAUCCUCGAGGCCCUCACCCGUCGGACAGCAGUGAGACAGGGAGACCUCCGUCCCUCACCCAGCCCCGCAGGGACGGGGAUCCACUGGGAGCGCUGGCCAGCAGUGACCAUGAUUCGGACCGAGAGGACCCAGCCCCUGAGUCCAGGAUCGGUGGCCUGGUUGUGGCUCCGAAACAGAUGAGCUCGGCUCUGGGCUCCCUGGUGGCCAACUACGGCUCCAUGAGUGAAAGUGAACCAGAAGACAUCCCUAUUCAGAGAGCCAAAGACACAAUAUCACAAAAGUGUCCGGACAGAGGGCCCUCGAGAGGGCCGGAGACCUCUUCACAGGUUACGGAGGCCCUUCACACUCCUAACGGCGGAAGAGGAAGGGGACGAAGGGGACGAGGACGAGGAGGCAGGGGAGGAAGGGGCGGUAGAGGAGGACACCAAGAUACACCGCAGAAGCGUCGUCCCACUCUACUCGAGAUGUUGCUGGCCCAAGACAUCCGCCACGAGAGGAAUGUCCUCCUCCAGUGCGUGCGCUAUGUCGUCCGAAACAACUUCUUUGGCCUGGAGAGCAGACCUCAGGACCAGAGGGGCGUGAAGGAUGAAGUCACACCAGCGAUCUCAAGCGGAGAGCACGCAGGGAGGCAGGAAAAGCCACCAGAUAAAGCCAAUGCUCAGUUUACAGAGACAAGUUCAGCAGAAGUUAAUUAUCAGGAGGAGUUGGAAACAAGUAAAGCUGUUGUGGUUGACCAGUGUCUGCAUACAUGCUCAGAACCAUCUAAAGAUCCUCCUGUGGAGCCGGUUACAGGACAUUUCCUCCGAAAUGCUGAAGAGACUACAGUGAAAGACUGCCACAGCCUCUACUCAACGGGCACAGAUGAAAUCAGAUCCACCUCUGAUACUUACGAUGAUGAAAUAUGGGAGAGCCCUGGUGCUGUCAUGUCUUAGCAAAUUACUGAAAUUGAUUUAUCUAAUUUUGUUCUGAGGCAUGAGUGAGACAUUUGUCUUUGAAAUUGUUAUUUUUCAAGCACCAUUAUGUUUGAUGUGAUGUUAGUUCGACUAACAAUAUCCAGGUAUAUUUUUGUAACAUGUUUUGUACUGAAGAAAUACAUUUUUUUUUCUUUUGAAAUAAAUC